AUGAAUAAAGAGUCAUCUUAUCCAUGGUAUCGACAGAAGAUUCUUGGUCCAUGUCCAUUUCCUAGAUAUGGACAUGCAAGUAAUUCUACAGUUAGUAAAACAGGAGAUAUAUAUAUAUUUGGGGGGCUUGUUAAAGAAAAGGUCAAACAUGAUCUAUGGAUCAUUGACUCCGCGACUAUGAUGUCAUAUCAAAUACAAACACCUGGAGAUUGUCCUAGCUCCCGUGUAGGCCAUGCAGGACUUGUAAUAGGGAAUGCAUUUAUUGUAUUUGGAGGAGAUACAAAAACAUCGAAAAAUAAUGUAAAUGAUAAUUCUUUAUAUUUGUUGAAUACCACAUCGAAGAUAUGGACAAAGGCGCUAGUUUAUGGAAACAAGCCUCCUGGGAGAUAUGGUCAUACUUUAAAUAUUCUUGGGACUAAAAUUGUUAUUUUUGGUGGACAAAUGGAAAUAUACUUUUUUAAUGACAUGUUUUUAUUUGAUUUGGAUACAUUAAAUACCCUUAAUGCCAAAUGGGAAUUAAUAACUCCUGUUACGAGCUUACCGCCUGCUCGUACUAAUCACAUAAUGAUUACAUAUCAAGAAAAGCUUUAUUUAUUUGGUGGUACAAAUGGUACUCAAUGGUUUAAUGAUGUUUGGGUCUUUGAUUAUAAAAAUCUUUCAUGGAAAGAAAUUGCUUGUAAUGGUUGUAUUCCUCAACCUCGAGAAGGACAUUCUGCCGCAUUAGUAGAUGAUAUUAUUUAUAUUUUUGGAGGUCGUGGUUUAGAUGGUUCAGAUCUAGGAGAUCUUAUUGCAUUUAAAAUAUCAACAUCAAGGUGGUAUAUUUUUCAAAAUAUGGGACCUUCUCCAAGUCCUCGUUCGGGACAUGUCUUAACUAGUUUUGGUCAAAAAAUAAUUGUACUUGGGGGGGAAGGUUCUUUAAGUAAAGUAGAAGAUUCAUCAAUUACUUAUAUCUUAGAUACAUCAAAAAUUCGCUAUCCACCCGAAAUAUCCAUUCCGAAUCUUGGUUCAAGUCCAAUGAUAAAAUCUGGAAGUUUAUUAGCACCUUCUCCUUUAUCGCCUAUGCCUCAAAAAGCCUUAUCCAUGUCCAGUUCAAAAUUAAAUCAAGGAUCAAAAAGUCCUCUUGGUGUUACUGCCCCAUCAAAAUUAUUACAGCACUCUGAGUCUUUACGAACCGAUAUGCAAACUAUGUCUUUAGAACAGUUUCAUAAACAAAGAAUAUCUAGAAAGCACAAUAGAUCGAAGGAUUUGUCUACUUCCUUUAAAGAAGAAUCUAAUAGUCUUCAUCAUUCCAAUAGUGUGAACAAUUUACAACUUUCAAGGUCUCAAAGUCAAGAUCAAAUAAAGAAAAUUACUGUAAAUGAUAUAAAAUUAAAUACAGAUCAAACGAAUAACAACAAUCAAAAUGAAACUAAGCCGGUAUCAGCUAUGGAUGAAAACCAAAUUGAAGAUAUAGAAUUAACUAAAGAGAAAAAUUUAAAUACAGAUAAUUCUCAAGCAAAUAACAAAGAUAUGCAGCAUUCGAAAUUUAAAGAAAACAUAGAUGAACUUAAAGUUAAAAAUGAGUUAUUGCAAGCAGAAUUAGAUUUAAUAAAGAGCCCUGAUUUGGAAAAGUCAUCUACAGAAAUAACAUUACUUAAAUUAGAAAUUUUAUCACAGACAAAAGCUGCAAGCUUAAAAAUAGCAGAAGCUGAAGCAGAAAAAAAUAAUUGUUUGCAAGAAGCAGCAUAUUAUAAGGCAAAACUUGCAGCUUUAUCUACUCCAGAAAUAUUAUCAACUGUAGAAAAUGCUCGUAUUUCAGAAUUAAGCACCAAACUAUCUAAUACUAUAACUUCACGACAGGAAUUAAAUGAGAAGCUAACAUCAUUAUCUGAGGAUAUUGUGUUGGAGCAAAGAAAAGUGCAACAACUUGAAGAUAUGAACCAAAACUAUCUUAAAAGAAUAAAAGUUGCUGAAAGCGCCCACGAACGAAUUUCUACUGAGCUAAAUGAAAUAAGAUUAGCUUGUAUUAAUGCGGAAGAAAAAAUUAAAGAGCAAGUUUCAUUAAAAAACAAUCUAGAAUGUGAAAAAAACCAAUUGAACCAGGAAAACAUUGCAUUAAAACAAGAACUUGAUGAUCUUAAAGAAAAAAAUAUGCUUUAUUUAAAAUCUAUUGAAAUGAUUAAUAUUUCUGUCUCUAUGGCAGAAAAUCGUAUAGCUAAUUCAGAAAGUAAAUCUCAAAAAGAUCAGGAGGCUCGUGUAGAACUUCAAAAUAAAGUUAAUCAGCUUACUAGAGAACUUAUGUUAGAAAGCAAUAAAAAACAAGCUCUUGAAGAAAAAAUCACCAAUCUUGAAUCUAAAAUAUUAAAUAUUACUAAGGAAGCUAAUGUAGCACGAGAAAUUAUGAAUGAAGGAAUUCUUGAAUUACUUAAAAAAUCUAGAGAAACAUCGUCUAGCAAUUCUUUAAAUGACAAUCAAAUUAAAAUGCUCCAGGAACAACUAGCAUCUAUUAAGUCUUUAUAUUCCGCAUUACAGGUAUCAGCUAAUAAAUCUGUUAAAGAUUUAGUUGCAGCACUAGAAAAAAUUUCUCAACUUGAAACCUUAAAUUUUAGUUCUAACAGAGAAAUUCAAGAUUUAAGAGAUAAAAUGCUUGAUUUACUUAAAGAAUUAGAUGCUCUCAAAAAGGAUCAUAGAAACAUGAAAAUUUUAUUGACUACUAAAGAUAAAGAUUUAGAGAUAGCUCAUAUGAAAGCAUCUGCUAUAUCACGAUUACUCGAAGAAUAUCCCUUAUUAGAAGAACAGAAAAUAUCUAAAAAUGAUGCUGUUUCAUGCGUAACUAGAGGCACUAGCAUGACUCCUGAUGCUUUGAAUAAAGAUAAUUUUAAAAAACCCGAGGAAGCAUUAGAGCAAAAUAAUCAUAUUAAACUAGAGAUUGAAAAAUCCGAUGACCUAGAUGUUUCCGAUCUAGAAAAUACAGAGAGUAAGACUCUAAAUGACAAAGUUAUAGAAAACAAUUCAAAAAGUUAUAAAGAUACUCCGUCUGAUAAUAUCUCUUCAAUUAAUCUAGAAAAAGAAGCUCUUGAUCUGGAAAGACAGAAGGUAAUCGAUGCAGAACGCCGUUUAGCAGAAUCUACUCAGAAUUUUAAAGAACGCUUGCAGCAACUUGAAAGCGAUUACCAAUCAGCAGUCUUCUAUAUGAAAAGUACUGAAAACAUGCUAAAACGCAUGAAGGAGGAACUUUCAAAAUAUAAAAUACAAAAUUUCCAUUUAAAACAAGAAAAUGAUAAUUUAAAAAAUUAUAGAAAUAUGACUAUUCUAAAUUUUAAAGACCAUAAAAUUCAUGAUAAUGAGAUGCAGAAUAAUUCAUUCAAUCAUGACUAUGCUGAAAUACAAGCUCAUAAAGAUAUUUUAUUACAAGAAAAAGAAUUAGAAAGUCUUGAAGAAAAAUACAUUAACUUAAAAAAUACAUAUUAUGACAAUAACAAGGAAUCUACCGAUAUUAUCUUUCCGGAAUUGGAAAAAACAAUUGACUUAGAAACGAUUUCAAAAAAUAAAAAUUUAAUUUUUGAGAAUUUGUCCAAUGAUCAACUAAUUUUUUCAGACAAAAUAUCCGAAGAUAAUAUUAUUCCAAAUUUAGAAGAUUUAAGUAAUGCAAAUAAUUAUAUAAUAGAUUCUAUGGAAAAUGACUCUAUAUUUUUGAAAGAGUCAGAACAACUUAUACCUAUAGAUCACUAUAAUAUUCAUGAAAGUACAUCACUCAAUUCCGAUAAUAUAACAAAAAAUGCUACUUUUAAAGAAUCUGUAUUUUCAAGAACAUCUGAUACAUUAGACUCUUUAGCAAAUGAACUGGAUCAAUUACGUACACAGUGGGAAUCUACACACAAAGAUUAUGAAACUUUGUUAUCAGACUAA